CAUGAAACUUAUAACGUUUUUCCGGCCUCUCCUGCGAAGGCUGCCUUUCCAGGGCAGAGAGAUGGGAGAUGAAACCAGUACUUUGUUACCUAAGACAAACAAAGUGGAUAUAUUUUAUUCAUCUAAUGAACAGAGCUUGUCACCAAAUCCCACCAGAGUAGAAGAAACUGGCUGGCCUAAGAAGAAGGUGAUACCACGGCAUGUUCUUCAGCCUUCUUAUCACUCUCUGGACUCUGUAAGCAGCUGUGUGAAAUACUUGAUCUUCUUUUGGAACAUGGUUUUCUUUGUGGGAGGGCUGCUCUUUUUGGCAAUAGGGAUCUGGGGUCUUUUUCACAAGGAGUCCCUGGCAAGUGAGCGGAUAACCUAUUUGGAUAGUGACCCAAUGCUCUUUUUUGUAUUAGCGGGUCUAGUAGCUAGCACAAUCUCUCUGCUGGGAUGUUUGGGGGCACUUUUCGAAAACACUCGACUCUUGAAACUUUUCAAUGGAGGAAUCAUCGUAUUUGUGAUUGUGGAAGUCUUGGGUGCAAUCAUACUCUUUUCUCUAAGACAUCAAAUCAAGGCCUCCUUGAAAGAUUCCCUCAUGGUGGCAGUGCUACGGUACCAGGAUGAUGCAGAUCUCCAGUUCAUAAUGAAUGAAAUUCAGGCAGGUCUGCAGUGCUGUGGUGUGGAGUCUUACCAAGAUUGGAAAGCAAAUUUGUAUUUUAACUGCAGCUCUCCAGGUGUACAAGCCUGUGGCGUUCCAUCUUCCUGCUGCCUGGAUCCCCUGGAAAAUGGCACCAUCCUAAAUUCCCAGUGUGGCUUUGGUACCCUGGGCCUGGAGGAGUUUGUGGCUCAGAGCAUCAUAUAUCUUGGAGGUUGUGUUCCCCAGCUGAGCAGAUGGCUUGAUAAUCAUGCUGGAGCAAUCAGCUCCUAUUUUGUGUUUCUCAUUGUGAUUGAAGUAGGAAGCUUAUUACUAGCCACUAAGCUCCUGGCGGACAUUACAGUUGCUAGGACUCUGUAUUAGAGCUUCAUGGACAGAACAUAUUUGGCCUCCUGUCAGCACAGAUAAAGGCAAUUUUACUCAUGACCUUCUGAGGGCAAUAAAACAAAAUAGACUCACAGUUAUCUUUUAUUAGUUAACUGCUUGUGACAUUGCCUGUUUUGUAAAAAAAAUGCCUGUUAUACAUAGAUAGCAUCUGAUUAUCUUAACUCGAGUGCGAUUUGCAUGUCAUUGUAACCUGAUAAACAGCAUUCAUUCAUCACAAUCUCAAAGCUUCCCUUUCCCAAAUAUUUUGGGUACAUCUCACUUGGUACAGCAAAUGUUCUUAGAGUUUUAAAGACACAACUUCAGAUAUAUCCUUUUACAGCAUUUUGCAUUUAAAAUGUAAGUUCUGUAGCAACAAGAUGCCAUCAUGCUCUAUGAAGCACUCUUGUGUUGCAGUAAAGGAGCAAGAAGCCAAGGAGAGGCUCAUAGGAAAAAGGGAAUGCUUAAAUCAAACCAUUCAUUCUUGGUAGACUGCAAGCUUUAAAACACCUUGCUUCUCAUUUCCGUGAGGACAAGCACACAAACGCUCUAAAAGGAAGCACCAAACACCCCUUGUAAUAUACUAUGAACACACUUUAGAGAACAAGUUUUAGAGAACAAGUAAGCCAGAAUGUGGCAGAACAAACUGAGACCAUGGCAUCAUGUGGAUUCUGGCAAGAACACAGGGUACUUGGACCUAGUAAAAAGGGAGUAGAGACUAGUGUAGGGCAAACACUGAAGGGCUCCAUCCAGAGUAAACAAAUGCUUCACCAUUGACUUGUGCUUAUUCUCCUCUGACUGAAUUAUUGUAGCUGAGUGUUGGUCUUUAACUAAUGGAAGCUAAGCCCUUUGGGGAUGAGAAGUUCCCUGCUGGGGCUCAGAGAAACAGAUUGGAUCCAUUCCUAGCCCCUGAUUUUGUUUUGUUUUUUUAACCCUAUUACAGGGUUUUGCUUUUUAUUAAUGAUGCAUUAUAUAGGAAUGAAUUCUGCUCUCUUCACCUUUUCAGCUUUAUAUUCUUAUCAUACCAGUCAAUAGAUUGGCUUCCUGUUCUAAAUUUAUCUCCUAUUUGUAAGGCAUUGUUGCCAUGUAGUUGACAGUAUCUACAACUUGCUUGGAAUAAAAACAGCUGUUGUGAUAAAUGAAAAAUGUGUUUUCUACUAGGAAUGAGGAGAUGAGUCAUAAGGGGAGGGAUGCUUGUGGCAGGACAAAGAUAAUACAGCUGGAUGACUAGGAUGAAGGGCAAGGCUUGUAUCAGAUUGUAUGUAUUGAGCAUGCUUAAUAGGCUAAUGCAUAUUAGCUUCUCCUGCUCUGACGACAAACUGUAUUAUAAUGAACAUACAAAAAGAAUAUGAGA